UUAAGAUUGCACCCGAAAGUGUCAAGAGGAACAUAAAUACAGUUACGCUUAUGGAAUAAGAAAAAUGACCACAAAGCAAGUCACCUGCAGGUAUUUUUUACAUGGCGUUUGUCGGGAGGGGAGCCGGUGUAUGUUUUCUCAUGAUCUUAGUACAAGCAAACCAUCUACCAUCUGCAAGUUCUAUCAGAAAGGCCUGUGCGCUUACGGUGAUCGCUGCCGGUAUGAUCACAUCAAGCCCUCAUCUGGGCGAGGUGGGGGUGUUCCAGUAGACCACACGAACAGGAACAGCAGUGCUGCUGCAGUUGCUCCAGGAAGUUGUGCUCCAGCAGGCUCAGGGAGACGUGGGAAGAAACCCCUGGUCUUGAGAGACAGAGCCCUGGGCAGCGCAUCAGAGGGAAGGUCGUUGCAGUUCAGUGGGGAGACAGCAGAUGUCCCGGAGCCUGAUUGCUGGGAAUACCGGGAUGAGGCAGCCCAGGCCAAGCCCCACUCCUACCUGGACGCCAUCAGAACAGGCCUGGAGAAUUCAGCCACAGGGAGCUCCUUCCCCGACACACCACAACUCUGUCCCUAUGCAGCUGCCGGCCAGUGUCACUAUGGCAACAGCUGCUCUUAUCUCCAUGGAGACAUGUGUGAGAUUUGUAGGCUGCAGGUGCUGCACCCACAUGACCCUGAGCAGAGGAGAGCACAUGAGAAGAUGUGCAUGAUGGCAUUUGAGCUGGACAUGGAGAAAGCGUUUGCAGCACAGCACAGCCAGGACAAGGUGUGCAGCAUCUGCAUGGAGGUGGUGUACGAGAAGGCAGUGCCCUCGGAGCGGCGCUUUGGGAUCCUGUCCAGCUGCUGCCACACCUACUGCCUCAGCUGCAUCCGCCAGUGGCGCUGCGCCAAGCAGUUCGAGAACAAGAUCAUCAAGUCAUGCCCAGAGUGCCGCGUUGUGUCAGAGUUCGUUAUCCCCAGCGUGUACUGGGUGGAGGAUCAGCAGGAGAAAAACAGGCUCAUCGAAGAAUUCAAAAGUGGAGUCAGCAAGAAGGCCUGUAAGUACUUUGACCAGGGGAGAGGGACCUGCCCGUUCGGAGGGAAGUGCUUCUACAUGCAUGCUUAUCCCGACGGGACGCGGGCUGAACCCGACAAGCCUCGCAAGCAGCUGAGCUCCGAGGGCAACGUGCGGUUCCUGAACUCCGUGCGGCUGUGGGACUUUAUCGAGGAGCGGGAGCACCGCAACGUGCCGCAGUAUGAGGACGAAGUCAGCGAGCUGGGUGACCUCUUCAUGCAGCUGUCUGGGGCUGGAGAGGAGAGCGGAGUCCCUGCCCCCCACUGACACCCCCUCCAACCACACAAACACACCCCAGCCCUGCUCUGGGCAGCAGCCACAUAUCAAACAGCCUACAAUACAGGGCAAUAAAAAAAUGAGCUCUCUGGUCAGCUUUUCAUGUUGGUGGUUCAUUUUUAAAAAUAUUUUUGUGGUACAUAUUUUGUGGAAAGAAAAAUAGUAACCCUACAUAUAAUUCUGCUAGUGAAAGCUGUUGUGUUUUCCUGAUAUGCUUUAGAUAUCAUUUGCCAGAUUGAAAAUGAUUUUAAGGAGAUGAGGUCCAAGACAUCUUCAGUGUUGAGAGGGAUCAGAGAGACUGCAUUUCAGCUCUGCUGCAUUUUGUAUACAUUUGAGUGGUGUGCAAGGUUGACUUAUAUGGAACAGUUAGUGCACCUAAAAUAAAUUUUUCAGGAACACAACUUUAGUGAAAUUAAUUUCCCUGAAA